AUGCCUUUUGGACUGAAAAAUGCACCGGCAACUUUUAUGGAUCUGAUGAACAGAGUGUUUCAACCCUAUCUGGAUCGAUUUUUUGUAGUAUUUAUCGACGACAUACUGGUGUAUUCGAGGACUGAAGAUGAACAUGAUGAACAUCUACGAGUCGUUCUCUUAUUUGAUGAUGGUAGCCUGUUGGAUAAGCUCCAAGUUGAACUAGUGUGGAUUGAGCAGAUUAAGAAUAAGCAGUUGGAAUAUGAGUCAUUAGGUCUUUGGUUCUAUCAGAUUGAAAAGGGUAAUACUGUGGAUUUUGGUUUGAACAGUGAAGGGGUACUCUAUUUCCGAGGCAAAAUUUGUGUACCUAAAGAUACUGAUUUGAGGCAGGCCAUUCUGCAAGAGGCGUAUAGUAGUCCCUAUGUUAUGCACCCAGGAGGAAAUAAGAUGUAUAGAGAUCUUCGUGGGAUAUAUUGGUGGCUAGGUCUUAAGCGUGAGGUUACCGAUUUUGCAAGGAAAUGUCUGACUUGCCAACAGUCUAGCAUACAGAUGGCUCCUUACGGAGCACUUUAUGAUCAUAAGUGUCGCACUCCAUCGUGUUGGACUGAGUUGGGUCAGUGGCGUGUUCUGGGUCCUGACCUAGUAUCUGAUACUGAGAGUAAGGUUAGAUUAAUUCGGGAUCGACUGAAGGCAGCAUCUGAUAGACAGAAGUCAUAUGCGAAUCUGAAGCAUUUUGUUGAUAUCAUUCUUAGCAAUCUUAGACUCAUGUUUGAUGAGUAUGUUAAGAAAUCCAAAUCCACGUCUUCCUCUUUGGCUAAGAGUUCUAAUGUUUCGGAUAAUAAUAUUGUUUAUUCUAGUUUGCAUCAACACAAUGUUAAUAGUGUUGAUUUUGAGGGAGAUUUUGAUGAGAGUGAUGAUGAUAAAUGGUGCGGCACCCUUACGACACCACAAGCUGGUUCAACUGCUGUCGGUUUGAUCCAGGUGCUUAAGGAUAUAUUGCGCAGUUGUGUCCUCGAGUUUAGUAGCAGUUGGGAGCGAUAUUUGCCUCUAGUGGAGUUCGCUUACAACAACAGUUAUCAGUCGAGUAUUAAAGUGGCACCAUUUAAGGCAUUAUAUGGUAGGAGAUGUAGGACUCCCUUAUGUUGGUUUGAGUUGGAUGAGAGACACAUUGUAGGUCCGGAGUUGAUUCAGGAGACUGAAGAGAAUGUUAGGGAUGGAGUGUUCCUUAAGGUUUCACCUUGGAAGAAAGUUCUAAGAUUCAAACGGAAAGGAAAGUUGGGUCUGAUAUUUAUUGGACCUUAUAAGGUUAUUGAGACGAUCGAACCGGUAGCAUAUCGACUCAGGUUGUUGACUAAACUUGAGCAUAUUCAUGACGUGUUUUACAUGUCUAAGUUGAAAAAGUAUCGAUCUGACCCAUCGUAUAUUUUUCCAAUCAAGGAGAUUGAGGUUCGAUCUGAUCUUACCUAUGAAAAAGAACUGAUCAAGAUCCUAGCUCGUGAGAUAAAGUUGCUGUGUAAUAAGAGCAUACCUUUAGUGAAGGUUUUGUGGCGUAAUAACAAAAUUGAAUAG